AUGGCAUCAGUAUUCCAUAAAAUAACAAACUGGAAGGCAAUUGUCACAGAUAAAUUUGUGGGCUCCAUAAUCAAUCCAAAAUCCUUUCCCUCUGAAGCCACAAGUUAUGGAAAACAAACGGAGAGGAAAUCCAGGGAGAUUUACGUAGAAAGGACUGGACACAGUGAUCAUUAUUGUGGAUUUAUCAUCAUUUCCACAUUCCCAUUUUUAGGUGCCUCCCCAGAUGCUAAAGUGUGUGACAAGUUGGAACACGAACACGAGUAUUACACGCAAAUCCAAGGUCAACUUUUAGUAACAGGUGCCCCUUUCUGUGAUUUUGUUGUGUACACAAAAGUUGAAGUUGUGGAAAAUAAAAGAAUGCGGAAGUGUUGUGCACUGCUGUGUGUGUUGGUAGUUUGUUGGACCCUGGCUCAGUCCCAGGCCGCUCAACAGGCACGACUGGCGACAUGUACCCAAGGGACCGACGUGUUUUUCGUUUUGGACGGAUCCGGCAGCGUCUUCGCUUCAAACUUUGAACUGAUGAAGAAUGCCGUGAUCCGACUGAUUGACAUCUUCAGCAUCGAACCACAGCAAGGCACAGUCGUGGGUGCGCUUGUGUUCAGCUCGAUGAUUUCACAAGUCAUACCUUUCUCACCGUUCCUGAACAAGGAGCAACUUAGACAAGCCAUCAGGAACCUCCAGUACCCUGAAGGCGGGACGUUCACCAAGCUCGCUCUGGAGAAGAUGUUAGAGGUCUAUACAAACCAGUCUCGUCCAGGGGCUCAGAAACUAGCUGUGGUCAUCACGGACGGUCAGUCGUCCAUCCCCGAAGCCACAGCGGCUCAAGCCAAGCUCGCCCAACAGUCCGGCAUCGUGAUGGCAUCUGUCGGUAUCGGGAACACGAUCGACGAAGACGAGCUCCAAGCCAUUGCCUCCAAACCGGAAUUGGUCUUCAAGUUUGUGAGCUUUGAAGUGCUGAGUCAGCAGAUUCUACAUCUGUUCGACGAAAUUUGUACCAAUAUUAGUCCGUGUGACGGCUGUGCUAUCAUCAACGGUGUAGGGUACAACCUUGUGGGUGGGGAUUGUACUAGCUUUGUGCAGUGUGUCCAGAUCCGUAACACCAUCCACGAAUACAGACAUACCUGCCCCACAGGACUCUUCUGGGAUCAGACACAACUUACCUGUAACUUCCCUCUGCAGGUUUCCUGUUUGGCAGACGGAUGUCGCCGUGCCGGCGUCAGUGCGGCUGCGCAACCCGGAAACUGCCGGAUGUACUGGACCUGCAACGAUGGGCUUCGGCGUGGGGACAGGAUGAUGUGCUGUCCCCCAGGGUCGGGGUUUAACUCCGUCACCCAGGUUUGUGACCCCGGUGUCCCCUGCCAGGAUUCCUGCAUGUACGACAAGACAACGACAGAGGCGCCACUCGUCAGAUGUGCCCGCCAGCAGAUCCCCGGUGAUGAUAGCCGUUUCCGUGUUGUGUACGAAGAUGGAUUCUCCGUGGAGCAGAGUUGUCCUCCAAACAGACGGUUCAAUCAGGACGACUGUGGGUGCACCACACCCGUGGAGAUCUUAUUCGAUCGUCCCUCGUGUCAGCCUGAACUCUUGCUAGACUGCAACGGACAACUACAGGACAAAUCCGGAAACAAUCUUCCAUUCAUGAACCAAAAUGUAGAAGUCGUGCCCGCGGUUGGUGCCCGAGACGGCUACGCCUGUAAGUUCCACGGCGACAGCCGGCUGCUGUUUUGGCGAUUCGCAAACACAUGGUUUGGAAACGACGUCUGCAUCAAGGUACGGUUCCAGCCAGACCGGAACUCCAACCCGUCCCGACCUGAAGUGCUGGUGGCCAACAACGAUUGUACGAUCAAACCUACGAUGACAGUGGCCUACGACAAGUCUAGGGGAAUGGCCAUGGGGGAGGUACAGACAACCGGUGACCCCAUGAUGGUAACCACCAACGGGAACGGUGGUGGAGACUGGAUGGAGAUAACGUACAGAUUUCACGGGGGACAACUCAGUGUCGACAUGGACGACGGAAGAGGACAAAGCUCGAACAGCGGGGCAAUGCAAGGCAAUAUUAAGUCGACAAAGUGCGCACUGCAGAUAGGAUAUACGGAUCAGGCCGAUUCCUCGAACUUCUAUGGACUUAUAGAUGACGUGCUGGUGUCGUUCUGCCAACCAUAG